AGCUCAUUCUCGUCCACGAAGCGAAAUGGCGUGCACAGCCCUCCCGGAUGCCGCAACCUUAUCUCGCGCUCUCUUCCCUACCGGAGCAGCUCGAUCUCAGUGGAAGGUGAAGGAUCGACGGGCGCUCCGUUGCCGGGUUAGGGCGGAGACCACGGCGACGGAGAAGUUGGGGAUCAAGGUCGUGAGGAACCCGCCGGAAUCCGAGCUCGCCGAUCUCGGUGUUCGCCAGUGGUCCAAGUGGGGCUGUCCUCCCAGCAAAUUUCCAUGGACGUACACGGCGAAGGAGACUUGCUAUCUGUUGGAAGGCAAGGUGAAGGUCUUCCCUGAAGGGCAAGGCGACGAGUUCGUGGAGAUUCAGGCCGGUGAUUUGGUGGAGUUCCCUAAAGGGUUGUCCUGCACUUGGGACGUCUCUGUUGCCGUGGACAAACAUUACAACUUCGAGUGAUGUCGGAGAUCCAAUUUCACUUGAUUACAUACAUGUUCCAAACUUAUACGCAAGAACUGAGAAUUUUUCUAAUCUAGAAGAUGAAUGUGAAACAGUUCCAUUAUUGGAGAUUCUCGACA